CUUCUCAGCUCCUGGGCAGAAGACACAAGGCAGUUUGCUGGAGCAAGGGCCUGUGAGUAUGAGAGAACACAACUGCAGACUCAAGUGCUCCCGCCCCUGGCGACAGCCGCGGGAAGGCCUAGAGAGGGCAAAAAAACUGAGCCAGCGACUGAUGGGGAGUGAUGGGGAGCGUGGGGCAAGGCCUACAGCCCCAGGGAGGGAGCACGCAGCUCCAGCGCCCCCCACCGGGGCAAACCCAGACGCCCUGCACGGCCCGCGCAGCCUGCCUGGACGCGGUCCCGCGCCUCUCCGGCCCCGGCGGUGGCCGCCCAGCCCCUCCCUCCGCGGACGCGGACGGCCGUCCGAAAGCGCCUCUGGGACGAGAGGAGCCGCCGGGGUCCGGGCAUGGAGGGCGCGGCGGGAGACCCGUACCGGAGGCCCGCGCGGCGCACGCAGUGGCUGCUGAGCGCCUUGGCUCACCACUACGGGCUGGACCGCGGCGUGGAGAACGAGAUCGUGGUGCUGGCCACGGGUCUGGAUCAGUAUCUGCAGGAGGUCUUCCAUCACCUGGACUGCCGCGGGGCGGGCCGCUUGCCGCGCGCCGACUUCCGCGCGCUCUGCGCCGUCCUGGGGCUCAACGCUGACGGGGAGGCGGCCGCCGAGGGCGCAGGCUCGGCGGAGGCGGCCGCCGAGGACCCGGCUGCCGCGACGGGCGCCGGGGGAGAGGCGGACGCCAGGGAAGAGGCGCGCCUGGCCCUGCGCGCCGACCCUCCCGAGCUCACCUUCCGCCAGUUCCACGCCCGCCUCUGCGGCUACUUCAGCACCCGAGCGGGACCCCGGCUGCCCCGCGGAGCUCUCAGCGAGCACAUCGAGACCCAGAUCCGCCUCCGCCGCCCGCGCCGCCGCCGCCGCCGGCCUGGCUCACCGAGCCUGCGCGGUGGCGCCCAUGGCGAGCACGCGGCGCAUCUGGAGGAGGAGAACAGUAGCCUGCGCGAGCUGGUGGAGGACCUAAGGGCUGCGCUGCAGAGCAGCGACGCGCGCUGCCUGGCUCUUCAGGUCGGCCUCUGGAAGAGCCAGGCGGACGUCCCGGAAGCCGCGGCGCACGAGCUGCAGCGAGCGCAGGGCGCGCUGGCGGAGGCGGAGGCGCGCGCCCGGCGGCUGCAGCGCGGCCAGGUGGAGGUGCGGCUGCGCACGGAGGAGGCCCGGCAGGCGGUGCUGCGCAGCCUGCACCGCGUGCGGGAGCUGGAGGCGCUGGCGCGGCGCCUUCCCCGCUUACAGCGCCAAGUGCAGCGACUGGAGGCGGAGCUUAGGCGGUACAGGUCAGAAGGACCUCAGCUCCUAAAGCCCCAACAAGCCAGUCCACAGCUAGGAAACAGGAAUGGUGAACCUACAGCUAGAGGAACCAAAGAUGGGCACACCACUCCGGAGGGAUCCCAGCGCUCAGAGACCAGCUUAAGGAGCAGAGACACAGAUGAAGAGGCUGAGCAGCUGUUCCGCUCUGUGGAAGGCCAGGCUGCCUCUGAGGAAGAGGAGGAAGAGAGGUGGCAGGAAAGGUCAAGGCCCCCACCGGCCCAUGUCGAGGUAUCCCUGAGGCAACCUCCAGGCUACCUGAGUAGGUGUGACGACCAGACAGCCCAGAAGGCCAAGGCUGCCUUUGGCCGCUGUGACGGAGCUGAGAACAUCUGCGCCCUAGAGCUAGAGACCCAUGUCACCAGGCUCGGGGAGCAGCUGCAGACCCUGGGCUGCAGCACAGAGACCCUGGGGACACCGGAGGAGGAGGAGGAACCACAGCAAAUGAUGGAGAGUGAACAUCUGAGGCUGGAGCUGCAGAUGGUGGAGACAGAGCGGGUACGGCUGUCGCUGCUGGAGGAGAAGCUGGUGGAUGUGCUACAACUCCUGCAAAGGCUCCGGGACCUGGUGCAUCUGUCCUGGUCUUUGGUGGAAUGGAGCCUGGUCUCUGAGAAACCACUGUGGCCAGGGAGGGAGUACAAGAACAUAUCAAAACGAGCCCUGGGGAAGAUUGUGCUGAACGCCCUGGACCGGAACCCCUCACAGGAAGGUACACAUGGCAUCUUGGCCAUACUGGACGCCUUACACCAAGCCUUGGUCGGCUGUGAGCUCCUGCAGAGAAAUCCCUCAGCACCAGCACCCACAGCUCCUGCACACACGAACCCCUUCCUCAUCUCCUGCUGAGCCCAUCGGCCCAGCCUUGGGCCACCAUGGUCAUUCUAGCCAUCGUCAAUCCAGCUUUGACCACAACUAGAGUAGCCUCCAUGGUCAACCUGACCACCAUGAGGCUAAUGUUGGCAGUCACUGGACCAGCCGCCAUGGUCACCCUGACCACCAGCUGCCAUGGUUAACUAGACCACCAUGAGUCCAGCCUCUGUGGCCCCCCUGACCACUGUUGGACUGUCUUCUGCGGUCUGAACACUCUCCACAAACUGACUGUUCUCACUCCUUCAGAACUCUGGCAGCCAAGGCUCCUUCCGAAACUGGGUCUGACAGCUACCCCUCCCUUAGGCCUCUCACAUUCUCUCAGAGCCCCCACAUGGGAACCCUGCAGUUGCUAGACCAGCCUGAACCUGAAGCUACUGCCCUUUCCUGAACACAGUACAUAGCACACUCCGGAAUCUCCACCUUAGAUAGAGAUUCUAUCAUGAGAUGCCCCCAGCCCCAGCGCUGUCCUCCUCCACCAGCCUGCGGAGUAAGCCCAGGCCAGCCCCCAGGACACACCUGAUCACUGGCGAAUUUCCCACAUCCCAGGAAGUGCUGAGGCUAGAAACAGCAGAGAGUUUCAAGGUUUUCCGUGUAUAUGUGAUAAUAUAACAUAUAGCCAAAGAUUAAUUUGUAUUUUUCAAUUAUUUUACAUACCAUGCAUUUCUGAGAGCAUACCAGGCCUGAGGUUUGAUAAAUGAGUAAGUAGGCAUCUCUGUGUGGUCAUUAAGUGACUGAAGUUUCAAAGCAGGUGAAAUGAAGUAGCCAUACUCAUUUGCACACUUAUAUUUUCCAUGUUGGUGCAAUAAAUAAUGCCAGAUAAAGAAUGUAGAAAGUCUAAAAAACACAAAAUAACACCAAAAUAGCAUUACUUCUCUAAAUAAGGUGAUACAGAAUAAUUUCACAUUCGGUAACUUAGAAAAAUAAAGCCAGUGUUUCCUAUUUUUCAUACACAAAACCAAAGUAAUGGUUGGAGUUUAUACUAACUAUGUCUUAGAAAAGAAGUUAAAUGAAUUUAUUAAUCUUUUUCACUUGUAACUACAUUAACUUACUUGUUACAGCAUUGUAUAAACUAAUUUUAUCGGUUAACCAAAGUUCUAUUAAGCACUCUAAAAGUAUUUUUUAAUGUGAAAAUAUAGGAUUUAAAAAAAAAAAUCUAGGAUUUCUUUGAAAAAAAAUGUAUACAGUAUAUUCGGAUCAUGCUUUUCCCCUCCCUCAACUCCUCCCAGGUCUUCCCCAGCCCAAAUUCAUGCCCUUUCUUUCUCUUUUUCAAAAAUAAUCAAAUAAAACAAAAUAACAAAAAAUCAAGAAAUACAAACCAAAAAAAAUAUGAAAACCAAAAUAUGCGGGCAAAAGGACGAUACGACAAGAACAACAACAACAAAGAAAAAAAAAACUCUGCAAAAAUACCAUUGAGUUUGGUUCUAGCCAUCUACUGCUGGGCAAGGGGCCUCCUCUGAAGUGUAGUUAAUAUCCCCAGUGAGAGUCUUCUGGAGAAAAUUAAAUUUCCCUUUGCAUCUGGGUGCUAAUUGCAUAUAGCUUCUUGGUUAAGUGUGGA